AUGUUCCCCUACAGAGACCCAUUCUACAGAGGCUACCCCUACCUCCCGCCCCUCCGCCCCCUGAUCCCCCUCGUCCCCGUCGUCGAAGUCAUCACCGAAGUCAUCGAAGUCCCCGUUGCCCGCCCCCAGAUCCACAACACCUUCUACACCGAAUGGAAGGAAUCCACCUACCGCAGCCAGUUCCCGCGCGACCCGGUGUCCUGGGACAAGGAGAACCUGCGCUGGGCCGAGCCGCGCGUGCUGCACGGCCUGCACAAGGAGCUCGUGGCCGCGGGGCGCCGUGACACGCUGCCUGCGUGGGCGACGGGGGCGCGGUUGGCGCGCGAGGUGUUGCGCGAGAAGGGCUGGGAGGUCGAUGAGGAUACGGAUGAACUUGUGCCGUUGACGCCGGAGAGAAAGCCGCUGCUGCUGGACAGCCGGGCGCACAAUCGCUCCGCGAGCAGGAAGCCCACGCGUUCAGCGAGCAGGAAACCGGGUGCGCGCUCGCCGAGCAGGAGACCGCGCGCGAGCCGCCGCAGCGGGAGUCCCGACGGCGCACACAAGACCUCGUACGCCUCCUCCUCCUCCGAAGACGAAGCCAGACACAGGACCGCGAGCCGCCGCCCCCCGAAGACCCCGUCCCACAAGACUAACCCGCUGCUCCUCAGAGACAAGCCGAAGCCGAAACCCCGCCCGGAGCCGAACCCCAAGCCGACGAGCAGACGUGCGCGGGUCGAGAGCGAAGAGUCGUCUGAGGACGAGGGCCGCGCGGUGAAAGAUAGGUCUGCGUCUAAAGCCGUGUCGAAGACUAAGGCGAGGAGCACGCACGGCCGGCACGCAGCGCGCGAUUCUGACGCGGAGAGUGAUGGGGGGAGGGAGGUGCGGCGGAUUGAGGGGAGGCGGGAGAGUAGAAGUCGGGCGGGGGGUGGGGCUGGGUUGAAGUCUGCGGCUGCGUCGAAAUCGUCCAAGUCGUCCAAGGGUGCAGAGAAAGAGAAGACGAAAUCCGGGUCCAAGGCCAGUUCCAAGCACAAGGCCAUCGAAGCCGCGCCAACCCCCAAGCACCGAAGCGCAAGCAAAACCCCACGCAAAAACACCACUGCCUCGAAGAAAACGAAGCGUCAGCACGACGCCGCCUCAGAGCCCGAGUCCGAGUCCGAGACCGAGUCCGGCAGCGAAGUAUCCGCGUACGACUCCUCCACCGCCUCAGACUCCGGCUCAGACCACGACUCUCCGACCGCAGCUCCACGGCGCAAACAGCAUCUCCUCGAGGCCGCCGCGCCGCCGAAGCGCAGACCGCGGCUUCUUGAGGACGUUGCCGAGGAAAACGAAGAUGAGGGAGGAAAGGAGGAGCGGAUACCGUGGGCGCGCGAAGCGCCAGUAGCGGGCACGAAAAGCGGCGCGUCGAAAACGGCGGCGGUGAAGAAGAAGGGGGCGAAGAAGGAGAAGGCGAAGAAGGAGAAGGCGAAGAAGGAGAAGAAUGAUAAGAAUGAGGGGGGCGGGACAGUGUACGAGUGGGAGGUCGAGGAAGUCGACUAG